GUUUGUAGAAUUUUCGCUAAACUCUUGACGAGUGUAAUGGAUCCAGUUUAUUUCCUCUAAUGUUUUCUUUGCCUGGUUGCUUGUUUUUGAGAUGAAAGGAUUUUACUCCUAACGUAUGCAAACGUCGUUUAAGCAUAAAACCCUGGCGAUGGUUAUGUAGCAGCGGUUUGUUGAUAAUUUCGUGGCAAUUAAUACAAUCAUGCAUACGGUAGAUGGCUAGUAGUGUUGCCAAGCUAAAACCACUGUCAUCAGUGAUCGCCGAGCCCGAUGAAGUCCUCGUACAAAAUAUGGAAGAGACUGAAGUGCUAGCGGGCCUAGCCAGAAACAGUGACUCUGCGAAGAAAGCUGACAUUUUGGACGAACUCAGAGCAAACGCACGGCGAAAUGGUGGUCGCUUACAAUUUGACGAUCGACAUGGCUUAUUUCAGGUUCUGCAAGAAGCUCUGGCCGACUCAGAUUCUAACACCCGACUAUGUUGCAUCGAAUUCUUGUGUGAAAUAAUUCCUGAGUUUGGAGAGGAUUUGGAUAGUUGCAUGACACUUGUUCUUCCUCUAAUCGUGUCAAACAUCGGAGACAACCAGGUGUCGGUGAAAAAAUCCGCUAUUCAGACCCUACAUGUGUACAUGAAACAUUCUUCGCAAGUCAGUGCUGUUCUUAAUGCAAUCAUCGAUCAUGGCCUUGAAAGUGACAACAGAAGGACAAGAACAGAAAGUUUAGUAGCCUUACCAAUUCUCAUUAUGCCGAACCUGGCCCAUGAAGAUCUGUUUACGUUGACAAAAGCGCUUGUUGGGAAGUUAGAAACUUCGUCGAGACCCGAAACUUCACCUGCUGUCAUUUCUCUGGAAAGGAUACGAAAUGUUGUUGGGUCCACAAUUUUCGAAAGCUACCUUCAUCGCUUAUCGCCUGAUCAACAAAAUUUAUGUGUAUCAGCGCUUCAAAAUCGAAGCGCCGAUCCUGUUAAAGAAUUAGAGUUGCUCGGAGGUCGCAAGGCCAAAAGUGCCGGUCACUUGAACACGAACGGAAUCAUUUCAGACGUUGAGCUACCAGAGAGAGGGACCGUGCUCGAUAGAGGGCACACGAUAGCCGUAACAAAUACAGAUAAUUACCCUGAUGCGAACUACGGACUGCUCGAGUUUGGUUUUGUCCCUGUUUCUGUAAUGUUGAAACUAAGAGAUCAAAGUAAUUGGAGGAUACGAGCCCAGGGAAUUGAAGAACUGAAAACUCUUAUGGGACAGUUAACUGAUACAGAACCUAUUCAACCCAAUUUGGGACCGCUCUUUGCAUUACUGCUUGGCUUCCUGGACGAUGUGAACUUUAAAAUUGGUGUCACCAGUCUUCAGAUUAUUGGAUUGCUGGUUGCUAAAUUGGGGGUUGGCAUACGUCCUGUUCUUAAACCUUUGCUGUUAGCACUAUCUAACAAAUUAGGCGACAAUAAGAUUGUAAUUAGACAGGAAAACAUGAAGGUGUUCAUGCAGCUUAUGCAAAUUCUUUCUCCAAAGUCAGUUUUAACUGUGUUGACAUCAAACUUACAACAUCGAAACUCAAGAGUGCGUGAAGAAACUGUAAAUGUUUUCAUUGCUGCACUACUUACAUUUCCUAGUUCAGACUUCAAUCUUCCAGAAGUGACCAAUGCAAUUGCUCCAGUAUUAGUUGACAGUAAAAGAAGAGUGCGACAAGCAGCACUGGAGGCUUUUGCAGUUAUAGCACAAGCAAUGGGUCCUGGGCGCAUUCAACCUGUGGUGACAGCAGUUGAUGCCAUUGAGCUCACAAUGGGUGGUGAUGGUGUAAUGGCAGCUAUUACUGCCAGGUUGGCCCGGAGGCAGCUUCCUCGCUUGAAUAGGGAUGGUUUGGUUGAAUAUGCUGUUCCUAUGCCAUCAUCUGGAACAAUCAGAGGUCAGAGCAACACACCACGUGGAGCUGACAUCGACUGGAUCUUAGCAGGUACUGCUGGAACAGGCUCAGCCGAUCCAUCAGGUUCCAGUCGCUCCACACCAGGACCUAAUGAUUCAUUUUCCAUGUCUGGGCCAAGUCCUCGAAGAUUCUUUAGUGCAGGAAAGAAUCGUUUACCCUGGGAAGGUGACCAGGCCAAGGAUGUUACUCAGCAAGCUGCUGCUGCUGAGAAUAUUGAACCAAUACGACCACCAAUGAAGCUGAAUUCAUGGGCUCCCAUGGAAAUAGUCAAUGAUCGAGCAACAAAAUCCACCUCUCAGCCACGAACAACAUCACUGACAACUCCACCAAAGUCAAAACUCACCACAUCAUCCUAUGCUGAAAAGUAUCAUGCCAUGAGCAUACAAAAGGCAAACCAAGCUACCGAACGUCAUGUCCCUAAAGCUGCUGAAAACACACCAGGGAGCUCUUAUGCUGAAAUGCACCGAGCAAAGGCUAAGAAAGACAAAUCUAAGGUUGUUAAUCCUGGUGUGAAUCUCAAUCAAACUGCUCCAGCUGGUACUGUGAAUAGUUAUGCUCUACUAUACAAGCGUGGAACAAUUUCCUCAAAAGCCAAGGCUAGUAAUAGUGCAGAACCAGCAAUUGGAGAUCACACACCCAAGGAAAGUAUUCCAAGAGGUGCACAGUCAGUCACACCUACUCCUCCAUUUUCCCUUCAAAGUUCCUUUUCACCGGGUGAUGAAGAACCCUUCCUCUCAUCACAGAGAAAACCUUUUUCAAUGUCACUGUCCAGCUCAUGGCCUGACUGGACUGAACUGAAAAGUGAGAUGAAACCUUUUGGAAGACUGUCACCUGUGUCACAUUCUAUACCUAUGGACAUGGACUCAUCUGGUGAGCAAGGGGAGGGUGAGACGAAAAAGAAUGAAGUACCUCAGACACCCAUCCACAUGAAGCCUCAACUUGCACGAUCAGCAUCAAAGACUCGAGGCUUAAGGGCUACUGAACUGGGAGAAACUAAAAAGACUGAAAUCCAGUCAGGUGUGAUGGACUUCCUUGAAAUGACACCUACACGCCCAACACAACUGGCCCCUGUUAAGGCUGGCAAUUUUCCUCCUCAAGAUGCUUUUAGUCAAGUUCACAAACAAGCAGAGUUGAAGAGAGCAUUGAAAAUGUACUCUGUGAUCAGUGAUGGUGAGGAUGGAAGAAGUCGUAGCCCUUCACCCUUGGAGAAUAACAAUGAUCUUCCCAGCACUCCACUGUUUGAAAAAGAAAGAUUGUCAAAACUCCCCACCAAACCUGAAUCUCCAUUUGACAGUAAACCACGAAUUGCAAGAACACCAAUUCACUUUAGAAGACUCUCGGCAGAAACUUCUUUGCAACUCCAGAGUCCAACACCUUUACCCCAUAAGUUCUCAGACCCAGACAAUGCAGGUCUUGGUGUGACAGGUCAUGGGCUUCUGUCGACCACAGGGGGGAGGAAAACUGAAUAUUCACCUCUGGAAAAUGGUGUGCAUAAUGAUGAUGAUGAUAAACAUAGGAGAUCUUCAAGAGUGGGUAGCAGCUUCUCAGGGAGAGACGAUCAUUUAGGGAUGGGAAAAGUGGAAGUCGUUGGUCAGGGGCUGUUGAGACUGGAUAAACAGCUCAAGGCAGAGGAUGAAACGACCCAGUUACAGUAUGAGACAGAAGAGUCUGAUGAAGGAGUAGAGGAUGAUGACGGACGUGAUGAGGAGGAAGAGGAAGAAGAUGACCACGAGGAAGAGGAAGGUGAGGAAGGACAGUUAGAAGACGAAGACGAGGACGAGGAAGCACACAGUGAAUCAGACAGUGAGGAAGAGGAAUACCCUACUCCAUCAGAAUCACAAGAGGGUGACACCUCCACAGGGACAACAACAACACUAACGAGCACUACAACAUCAACCAUCAAGAGUGAAGGGAGCUCAGAUAGCCUGGGAGACAGCGAUGAGGACAGUGACUCGGGAAUCAGAGAGAACAUCAGAGAUAUGACACCGAAAACCAUGAGGAAAAGUCUGUCUAAAUCAACCCGAGAGAGGAUGGAAAGAAGAAGACAAGAGGAAGAAGAAAAACUUCAGAAGGAGCAGGAAAGGUUUGCAGAACUUGAGAAGGAGCGUAUGAAGCAGCUGCAGGUUCAGCGAGAGGAGGAGGAGAAAUUGCGGCAGAAAAUCUUAAAAGAGCAAGUAGAACUUGGAAAGAUGCUUAAUAGGAAGGAAAAAGAAAGGGAAUUAGAACGGCAGAAACAGCAGCAGCUGCAAGAGGAAUUGCAGAGGCAGGAAAAGGCUCUUAGGGAUCGGCUGCUGAAACAACAAGAAGAGUUGGAGGAAAUUGAACAGGAAAAGCAGCGUGAGAGAGAAAGGAGGCUGAAGGAGAGAAUGAGACAAAAACAAAAACAAAAAGAGGCAAAGUUGCUUAGAGCUGAGAAAGAACGAGAACAGGAAGAGGAAAUAAGGAGACAACUGGCAGAAAAGGAAGCUCAGCUGAAGAAGAAGCAGUUACAGAGAGCCAAGGAGCUGAAAAUUGCUGCAGAACCUGAAAAUACGAAUCUUUCAGUAUCAGGGUCCAGUUCUCCACUGAAGUCCAACAAAAAACCACCCACAGGAGGAACUCCUAAAAAGAAGGCACCUGUUUCAUCGACACAGUCUGAGCGAGAUUCUAGUUAUGCGGUUACAGAUGAUCCAUCAGAGAUCAGACGGCAUCAUGCAGCUUCCGCAGGCAGUACUUCAGCUCAGUGCUGGGAAAUCAGUUUGGACGAUCUGCAGCCCUUCAAUAAUCCAGACAAUGCUCUGCGAGAAGCAAUGAAGUAUCUAGCAAACACAGAGGAUUGGGAGAUGAAGUGUGAAGGAAUUCAAGGAAUUCGUCGUCUUACUAAACAUCAUCCUGAAGUGCUGGUUUCACAGCUACACUCGGUGACUCUUGCUAUCAUAGCAGAGGUUAAAAAUCUUCGAUCACAAGUUUCUCGUUCGGGCAUCUGCUGUCUUGGAGACAUGUACACCAUUCUUGGAAAGAACAUGGAUAAUGAACUGGAAGUCACUGCUAAAAUCCUACUGGCUAAAGCUGGUGAAUCGAGUGGAUUUAUUAGAGAAGACGUGGAAAAAGCCUUGACAGCCAUGGUUUCUAGUCUGACCCCAACCCGUUUAAUAGUCGCACUUAUUUCUGGAGGAGCCAGCCAUCGCAACGUAACCGUACGCAAGACCACUGCCCAGUUUCUCAGCAUGCUCGCGGACCGCAUGGGACCGAGUCGAGUGAUGAGCGGAGCCAAAGAUGUCACUGAGAAAAUUCUUCCUACUACAGCUCAAUUCCUCACAGAUGGUGGACAGGAAACUAGAUACUAUGGACGCAAGAUUCUUUCGUCUAUAUGCGAUCAUCCCGAGUUUGACAAGCACGUGUCUAAACACGUGCCGUCCAAUCUGCAGAAGAGCGUGCGUGACACGGUGGACAAUCUUAGAACAAAGGGGCUGGGUGAACCCCCAUCAGACCUUUCCUCCUCCGCACGGCAGCGGAAACCUGCAUCUGGUGGUGGAGGUUCACGAAGCGGUGGAGUGCGAGGAUCAGUGGCGGCAUCUCCGUCCUCAAAUUCCAGCUCGAGAGAACCUUCAAGGAGUGGCAAACCCGUGACACGAGAUGGAUUGAUUCAGGGGGAAGAGACGAUCCCAAACUUAAUCAACUCUCUACAGGCCAGUGAUUGGAAAGAACGACAACAGGCGAUCGAUCAGUUUGUUGAUUUAGUUCAGUUAAACCCGGAUGGCUCAGGACAAAAGUUUACCAAGGUUUUUGAUGCGUUUAUCCCUCGUCUCCAAGACUCGAAUAGCAAAGUAAACCUGUAUGCCCUUCAGUGCCUUCCCAAGAUCCUUCACUGUUUAGCCAACCAAUCAACUGCUCUGGUUCCUCCAAUGGUUGCUGCGUUGACAUCUAACUUUGCAUCCAAGAACACGAAUAUUUUCUCUGCAGCAGAGGAAGCUCUUGAUGAGUUCAUUAAGCACAUCGACAAAACUCUGUUAGUUCAACCAUUUUGUUCAACGGCACAGUUUGGAAGCAGCCGAGUUAAACCGAUCAUGGUGGACAAGUUAGCAGAUAUCGUAUCGACAGUGCACACUCGAAAGCCACAAGUAGUUUCUCGCCAUAUUCUUCCUCUGUUGUGGAGUCUCUUGAACACGGCGAGUAACAGCAGUGCUGGCGCCGGUAACAGUGCCCUGAAGACAUCCACUAGUAGACUAACCAGUACACUGUACUCCUGUAUGGGCCGGAGUUUGACAGAGCAGGCAUCUAAUCAAGUUCCAAGAAUACAAGAAAAGUUACACGAGAUUAUUGGUUCAUGACACUCAAAAGCGGAGUGUCGGGAGCUCCAGGUCAUCGAUGGAUUCUUGUGGAAACUCGUCAUGCCUUGUUCUCGACAGAAUCUGUCGGUUGUUGUGUUAUCGAACGCCUUUAGUUCCCGAGCAUUCUUGUGAUAUUCUUUUAGUUAGGUACUAUUGUUGGUAGUACAGUAUUUAGUGCUGUAUCAACAGCAGAUAUUUACUUUUUAAAUUAAUGCAAUUCUUAAAAUUUUCCAAAUAUGGAGAGAGAAAUAAUCUAUUUUAACACGAACGUAAUAUAUUCUUAGUCUAACUGCGAAACGAUAAACCAAAGAUAUUUGACUGAUGCUGUUAACUUGACAUCGAACAAACUGUCCUGAGUAUGAUAGGCUUUAUUGUUUGUUUUGCUCACAACUUUACUGGUGAUAAGCACUAAAGCGAAGAUGUAUAUCAACAUUUCAGUUGGUUUAGUGGGGAAUCGGGAAUCAACUCAUUAGGAUGAAGCAACGUGACCAGCAGUUAGGCAUCCCAAAUACCCUUUUUUAGUGAAUUACUUCAUCUAAAAGGUGGAUAUUAUCAGUAAUACUUAUGAGAAAUAGACGUCAGACACAUUUUCAUAGACGUGCAUAUCGUAUCACUGACGAAGAGCUCGAAUAUUUAGUGUAGAUUUUUUUUAAUCGUUGUUGAAAAUAUGUCCUCAUUUAUAUUCCGCGGUUUGUCAAGGGGCCAAUAGGACAUAACAGUUAUUAUACGAAGUGUGCAAUUUAUGAAUUAUCAUAUUUCCUUUUUCCUACUUUCUCAGUAAAAGCUUGAAACGUUAUUUUUAAUCCUGCUUGGUGGGGAAAGGGGAAGACGUUAAAUCUUCCGCUACUCAGUGGAAUAAAAUGGAAACAUUGAAAUUACCGAAGGAAAAACCGCCCUAUUUUUGUAACGUUACAGAAUUUUAUUUGUACAGCAAUUACGUAAGCGUGUAAAUGAAGUGGACGUAGUUAAAGUUAUUUAUUAGAAAAAGUGAACAGUUUAUUGUCAGAGUCUCGCCAGGUACUCACUGGUUCUGACAACAACGUUACCUUCAAGCGGAAAUGUAGUAAAAAAAUUGUCAUUUACUGGAGCCGCCGGAUGCUUUAUGUACGCAGUUUGAGCGGGACAUUUAAUUAAGUAGUGUCUUUCCCAUUAUUGGGUGGAUUACAUUUUAAAGAAUUUAAUCGUCGAGAGUGGUAAUAAAUCUUGGAAC